AUGCCUGCCGACGACCGAACCGGGAAGCAGGCCGCGGCCCAGCAAGCCGUUGACAUCUUGCAUGAGAUCUCUACCAUCCUCAACUGCCAUCUGGAUCGCCGCACCCUAUCGAUCUGCAUCUCCAUGAUCGAGAAUGGCGUAAACCCAGAGGCUCUUGCCACCGUUGUGAAGGAGCUUAGAAAGGAAUCCCAGGAGGUCGACGCCCAAAUCGCAUCACGGAGGCGUCAAUGA